CGGUCAAAUGUCAGUUACAUCGUCAAUGGCAAAGGACCGAUCAGGAGGACAACAGUGGAACUCGCCAACCAUUGUGUGGGCGUGCAUACUUUCCAAAUCAUACGAACACCAGCCAAGCUCAAUGGUGCACCCACCUUGAGUUGGCGUCUCUUUUGUCGAUUUCAAGCCUUUUUUUCAGAGCGCAGCGAGUGGCGAAAUAAUUUCGUCACAUAACCACUUUGCGGAAAAAGUACCCUACAACCAUAAACCAAAAUGUGUAAUUUAGAAUUGCGUCCUCACAACGCAAAUAUUGAAACGGAAAAGAUGGGAGACACGUCUCAUCGCUUGGACAUGGACAGUCAAGGACAACCGGGGAUCGGCCAUCUUUCUUGCAAUCGUUUAUUGGCGUGCCCACUUUGGACGAGGGAGUUGGAAGGGAUUUUGGUACAGGCUUUUUUACCUCAUGAGGCACUUUCCCAACGGGGGCCGGCUCACUUGGAAAGAGGGAACGGCCGUGAGGAAUACUCACAAAGACACCAUGCUAUUUUCUUGUGUUUGAGGCUUGGGUUUUCUUUUUCUUUUCCUUUCAAUGCGGUCCAUCUACGGAUGAGUCUGCCGCAACGCAUAUGGAGUCCAAAGGAAAGUAGGAGAGGAUGAGACGAGGAUACCAUAACUGCAUGCAUGGAUGGGGUGGAGGGGGAGCGAGGUAGAUGAAUUGUAAAAAACGAAGAGCCAUACUAAGUAUGCAUUAUCAAG